AAGGCCACUUCACCGACUGCAUGUGGUCGUCGUGUCGUCUUAAUUCCCUCCCCUCUCUCCGCCAUCUUUAGCAAAACAAACCCAAACGCACACAAAGCCCUAGAUAUUUAGAUAAAAAUAACUGCGUUAAUUUGUUAUCUAUCCUGAAAAACAAGAAGAAGAAGAAAGCCGUGAUUAUGGGGGCGAAGAGAGGAGGAUCUGGUGUGAAUGUGGUGCUGCAAUGGUUGAAACGACAGCCUAUGAAGGUGAAGAGUUUUCUUGCAGUGACUUUUGUGGUGUGUUCUUUGAUGGCUAUGAAGCUUUGGGUUAAAAAUCAUGAUUAUUUCUUCAUUGCAUCGGAGGCUAUCCAUGCUGUUGGUAUCAUUGUCUUGAUCUACAAGCUCAAAACCACGAAGACCUGUUCUGGUCUCUCACUAAGGUCUCAAGAACUCACAGCCCUGUUCCUAGCUGUAAGGUUGGUUUGUAGCUUCCUUAUGGAAGGUGACAUUCAUACAGUGCUAGAUUUUGCAACUCUUGUACCCACAGCAUGGGUUAUAUAUAUGAUCCGCUUCAAGUUGAAAUCAACGUACAUCAAGGACUUAGACAACUUCCCCUUAUACUAUAUAGUGGUACCUUGUGCUAUCCUUGCUUUAUUAAUCCAUCCUUUUAGCUACCAUUUAAGCCUUAAUGGGUUUCUUUGGGCAUUCUGUGUGUACUUGGAGUCAGUCUCUGUGUUUCCUCAGCUUCGAAUGAUGCAGAACGCAAAGAUGAUUGAACCAUUUACAUCUCGUUAUGUAUUUGCGUUGGGUGUUGCAAGAUUCUUGUCUUGCGCUCACUGGAUUUUACAGGUUAUUGAAAGAAGAGGGCAUUAUUUAUUUUUGAUUGGACAAGGAUACCUCUGGUUCCCGAUGGCUUUCGUUGCUGAAAUGGUUCAGACGUUCAUCUUGGCUGAUUUUUGUUAUUAUUAUAUCAAAAGUUUAAAGGUUGGAGAACUUAUCAUGAGGAUGCCUGUUUAAAUUUCAAAGUUUAGAUUUUGACAUGUUAAUUACUAGCAAAAUGGAUGUACAUUUAAGCCCAGCUUUUUUGAAUUUUAAAUAAGCUUCGUGGCAUGAAGGUAAUCGAAUAUUUUGUCAGUUUCUCAGGGUUUAUGCCGUGAAGACCAUUUUUGACACUAUUGAAGAUAUUUUAUCA